AUGGAGGGAGUUUCUCAUGAGAUCCACAUCACCUACAGCUGUGAGGGAGAAGAGCCCAGAUCACAGAUAUGUGCACACAACACCACCACAGCUGUCCUUUCUGAUCUGAGACCCGGGAUGGAUUAUACUUUCAACAUCACUGCAGUCCUUCCAAACGGCAUCUGCAGCAAGACCAGCUCAACAUGCAUACAAACAACUUCCAUCGCAGUGACAGGAACCAGUCUGGAUGAGCUGUUGAGUGACUUGGGACUGGAACACCACCUGAAGAACAAGCUGACUCUGAGCAAUGUGCUUGAGAUUGAUGGAGAGCCUUUAACUGAUGAAAGCAUCCAGUCUCUGAAAUCUCUGCCAUGGUGUUUCCUGAAGAGGUUGAUGAUGGUGAAUGUGACUGCUAGGAGUGUGAGGUGCGCCUCAAAACAGGACAUGACUUCCCAAAACCGCAGCUUACUGGACACCCUGCUCAAUCCACAGGGUAGCAGCAACAGAGUCAACCCUCUGGACCUCAUAACUGCUGUGUUUCUCUGCUCAGAUGGCUUUCUUCAGCAGGAGAUGGUUUUGAAAAUGUCCAUGUGCCAGUUCUCUGUGCCUCUGCUACUUCCUAAAUGUGACACACAGCAGUGCACUUUAAUGCUCUGGGCCUUGAGGGAUAUUGUGAAAACGUUCAAGCCGCAUUCUUUGGAGGACCAAAUAGGGUUUGUGGAGGAGAGAAUUGUUCUCUCUGAGCUCCCCCUGGUCUCUUUUGUGAGGCUGGGAAACAGCAGCUUGUCCAAGUCUCAGAUCCUGAACCAAGUUCUCAGCAACCCUCAGCAGUACCACGACACCUUUGUUCACAAAAACAUGGAGUGCGGUGACACCCCAAGGAGGAUUUCCAAUGGGCUGGUGGAGAUCAGCUGGUAUCUGCCCAGUGGGAAGAGAAACAUUGACAUCUUCUCUGAGCCACUGGCUAUAGCUAACCUCCGUGGGAACCUCAGGGACUUUGAAACUCAGUACGCUUUCCUUUGUCACAACUCUGCUGCCAUAUUUGUGUUUUGUGAUGAUUUUGAGUCUGAAUACAAAUUUCUGGACUCCCAGAUCAUUGAUCAUUGGUUCUGGAUCAUCAAUUCACAGAGCAAGAGCUUCAAUAAAGAUGUUUUCAGAAGAUGUGUUUCUGAGUUAGAGCUAAAUCCCAGUAAAAUCAUCAUGAAGUGUCCGCAGAUGAAUGAUACAGACUUCAUCAAAAAACUGCGUUUGGGUAUCAGUGGAAUUUUAAAGGGAAACGUGAACAAAAGGAGCAUUGAACGGAUGUCUGAUGUUGUCCAUGAUCUUGGAAUCCAUGUUGAUGAAGAUUACAUUUACUGUAAUAAUGGAAAGCAGAAGGCUGAUGAAAUCACAGUAAAGAUUUCUGAUAUAUCGAGCUUCAAGGAGAAAGAGCUGCCCUUGCAAGGGACUGCAUGGAAACAGCUGGCCAAACUGGAGAAGGAAGAGUGCAGGAUGAAAAAUGCUGGGGAGAAAAACAUAGAAGUUUACAGGAAUGAGCUUGCAGAUCAGAAGCAGCAGCUCAGAGCACAGCAGAGGGCUCACAACAUCUCAGAGCCUAUGUCCUGUUUCAUCAAAGCAAUGUCUGGUUCCACAGAGGAGCGCAAGUAUUUCCUCAAGUGGAUGAGGAUCAACCUGGACAACCUGUCACGCAAAAGCCUUCCACUCCUUCGGGCGGAGUACAUGGAACAGUGUCCGGAUUCUCCGGAAAACAAGAAGCUCAUUGCAGAGGUGGGCAGGAAGAUCUCUAGUUCCUCCUUGGGGACAGAGCACUUCAUGCGGGAAAUGGGUCAGCUGUACGAAUCGGCCUGCUCACUCCCCGAAGGCCCCACCCCUGAGAUUCAGGGCCUGCCACGUCUGGCUGCCGAGCUGCUGCAGGAAGGCUUUCCUCUGGAGCUGGUGGAUGGAGAUGCAUCCAACAUUCCUCUGCAGUGGGUGACUCAGGUUCUGAAGGAACUCAAUCAACUAACACAGGACAAAUGUAAGAUCGGGGUGGUGACUGUCCUGGGGGUGCAGAGCACUGGGAAGUCCACCCUCCUGAACACCAUGUUCGGGGUCCAGUUUGCCGUCAGUAGUGGCAGGUGCACGAGAGGGGCCUUCAUGCUCCUCAUCAAAGUAAAAGAGGAUUUUAAAGAGCAGCUGGGGUGUGAUUACAUCAUGGUUAUUGACACUGAAGGGUUGAAGUCACCAGAGUUGGCCCAGUUGGAUGACAGUUAUGAGCAUGAUAAUGAACUGGCCACUCUGGUGGUGGGGCUGAGUGACAUCACAGUCAUCAACGUCGCCAUGGAGAACUGCACAGAGAUGAAGGACAUCCUGCAGAUUGUGGUACAUGCCUUCCUGCGCAUGACGGAAGUUGGGAGAAAACCCUGCUGUCAGUUUGUGCACCAGAAUGUCCCAGAUGUCUCUGCCCAUGACAAGAACAUGAGAGACAGGAAGCUUCUGCUGGAGCAGCUGAAUGAGAUGACCCAAGCAGCAGCUAAGAUGGAAAAAAGGGGAGACAACAACACAUUUACUGAUGUCAUGCAGUAUGAUCCAGAGAGAAACAACUGGUACAUCCCAGGGCUCUGGCAUGGCAUCCCUCCCAUGGCACCGGUGAAUGCUGGCUACAGUGAGUCUGUGAAUCUGUUCAAGAGGAGUGUGAUUGAGCAUUUUAAGGAACACAAAUCUGGAAAGAGCUCACUACACACAUUCAAUGAGUUCCUUGAAUGGACAAGGAGUUUGUGGAAAGCAGUGAAGUAUGAGAACUUCAUCUUCAGUUUCCGCAACAGCCUGGUGGCUGAUGCUUAUAUUCAGCUUUGCACUGAGUUCAACACAUGGGAGUGGGCCUUCAGGAAGAACAUGUACUCCUGGAUAAUGGGAGCUGAGACUAAGGUCUCAAAUUUUGGCACAGUAACACCACAGAGUCAGCCACCCUCCAAUGAGAAUGACUUACUGAGUAGCCUGGAAGAUGAGGCCUCUGUGGAGCUGGCUAAAGGAGAAAAGCUUAUUUUAGAUAAUCUCUCUGAAUUCUACAAGAGAUCAGAUGGACAUGUUCACUUGGUAGAGAGGUACAAGGCAGACUUCAUCAACUCAGCCAAAACCAUCAGGAGGGAGACAGAGAACUCUGUGAGAAACAAGCUUGCGGCAGCUGUGGAGAUUAGAAAGGUUAUGUUGAAGUUAGAGAGCAUCAAGAAAAAUACUACAGCUGUAAUGGGCAGAAGAAAGUUCAAGCAACAGUACUACGCUGACUUUAAGGACCUGUUCCAUAAAAGAGACCAGUGUCAGAAGAAAGCAGAGGAGUUCACCUGCAACUGUCUUGCACCUGCAGUGAAGGAAUACAUCACCAAGUCUCUGGGCCCUGACCUUGUGGAUGAAGUGUUGACAGGAAAGAAAGCCAAGGAUUUCAGCACUCGAUCCUUCUUCCAGUUCUCAGUCCUCAAGCAGCUGCUUUCAGAUAAUGACAUCGAGAAAUUUGUGAAUUACAUAAGAAACUACGAGAGCUUUGUGCAGGACUGGAUAUUUGAGCAGAUGGUGAAGCAGUUCUCUGAGGGAGAUGGCCUGAGGAACAUUGAGAUUAAGCACAUGAAGGUGAUGGUUAAACGAUUAAAGGAAGCCAUUAAGAAUGCAGAGAUGAAGGCCAAUGAAAGAGUGACAGGAAGGGGUGAGGAAGACCAGAACAUUCAGCAGUUCAUUCAGGAUAUAUGUACUGACCUACAGGAGCUUGUCAUCCCCAAAGACCCCUCUGGUGUCCUGGCCUUAAACACUGCCAAGCCAGAAGACUUUUUCCCAGUGUCUGAAGGUGUUGUGGAUGAAAUGGAGCAGUCCAUUACUGCAGAGUUUCAGAGGGGUGGGGAUGUGAGAACCAGGCUGACCUCACUGCCCUUUCAGCCACAGAAGGAGCUGUUUAACAGGGUGUUUGGCUGUGGGAGGCAGUGUCCCUUCUGCAAGACCCCAUGUGUAGCAGGCGGCAAGAACCACGCAGAGCACUUUGCCUCCAUUCACUGUCCUCAGGGGAUCGGGUCAUAUAGAGAUGAGUACUCUUGCCAAUUAGUGAGUGAUAUCUGCUCCUUCUGUGUUGCCAGUGAAGCACGAUUCAAAUCAAGUGAAACAGAGGGGAAAUGGCAUCCAUACAAGGACUAUCAGAGCAUUUACCCUGACUGGCGCAUCCAUCCUGACACCAGCAUCCAGGCCUCAGACUACUGGAAUACGUCUCAACAGUUUAAUAGCAGUUUUCCAAGAGUAUGGCUGACCAGCUGA